AUGAAUCUGCCAUCGGCUCGCGGUACAAGCGGUUUAUCAAUCCGUCAAAGACCAAUCCCAUCUAGAGGAGGUCAGCUACAAGUUGCAGGCGUGGUUGUUGGUUCAUGGGGUGCGAAUUAUGGAUAUCAAGGUGGAGUUAGGCAAAUGGUGCCUUCGGGAUACACACAGAGAGGUAGAGGUCGUGGCGGAGGUAAUAGUUCUGGAGGUGCUAGCGCUGGAGGAUAUCAGAGCUCUUAUGGAAGAGGCAGGGGAACAAAUCGGAGGCCAGGAAUGCCGACCUUCCUUACAAAUAAUAGAAAGAAUCAGGGAAACAAAAAACGUAAUACUAACAAACCUAACAAAGGGCAAAAACCGCAGGGCGUCGCUUUAACUGUCAAAACUGAUGGAGGAGACGUGCCAGUAACUGAUGUCGUUAUCGACGAAGGUGGCAAUACCUGUGCCGAAGAAAAAAAGAAAAAUAACACCAACACUUGUGCCGGAGAGAAAAAGAAAAACAGCACCAACACGAAUGAUCAUAAAGGACAGGAUGAUGUACCAUGUAAAGCUGAAGCUGUUGCCACUGCAUCCAAUUAA